AUGUCUGGUUAUAAGGAUUCGAAGUUUGAUGAGAAGGAGUUCGAUAAGAUGGGAUUAAAGUACUUGGAAAAAAUCAAAUUUGAAAAGCUCAAGUGUUCAAGGGCUGCUCGGAGGAUGGCUCAAAUAACGAAGUGGGCGAUACGAGUAGUGACCGUACUGCUGAUAUUGGCAUGUGCAUGGCAGCUAGCGGAAAUAAGAGGGGCGUUGAAGCCGAGGGUGGCGCACGGGCAACGGUUGUUGUCUUCUUCUUUUGCACCGGAAAGGGUAUACAAGAGCAAUGGAUAUCUAAUGGUUUCAAGCAAUGGAGGACUGAAUCAAAUGCGAGCCGGAAUAUGUGACAUGGUGGCUAUUGCAAGAUACAUCAAUGUCACUCUUAUAGUUCCUGAGCUAGACCGGACCUCCUUCUGGAAUGAUCAAAGUCAGUUCAACGAUAUAUUUGAUGUGGAUUAUUUCAUUAAAUCCUUAAGAGACGAGGUCCGGAUAAUAAAAGAAUUGCCUCCACAUCUAAAGAAAGUAGAAGAAAUGGGGACAUACUUCUCCAUGCCUCCAGUUAGCUGGUCCAACAUGUCCUACUACCUUCACACGGUACUUCCUCGGAUAGAAGAGUAUGAACUCCUCCACUUGACUAAAAGCGAUGCUCGGAUUGCUAACAAUGGCAUUCCUUUGGAGGUUCAGAAACUGCGGUGUCGAGUAAAUUACAAUGCUCUGAGAUUUGCAAACCCCAUAGAGAAGCUUGGCAGAAAGAUUGUUGAGAUAUUGGGACAGAACGGUCCAUUUCUAGUUCUUCAUCUUAGAUAUGAAAUGGACAUGGUAGCAUUUUCUGGUUGUAAUGAAGGUUGCACUGAUAAAGAAGUGGAAGAGUUGACAAAGAUGAGAUAUGAUUACCCUUGGUGGAAAGAAAAGGUUAUAGAUUCCACAAAGAAGAGAAAAGCUGGGUUGUGUCCGAUGACUCCUGAAGAAACUGCUCUUACUUUGAAGGCAUUGGACAUUGAUCCUAACAUCCAAGUUUAUAUUGCUGCUGGAGAUAUAUACAAUGCCGAAAAGAGAUUAGCAAGUCUGAGGGCGGCUUUCCCAAAUUUGGUUAAGAAAGAGACAUUAUUGCCAGACUCAGAUCUUUUGCCUUUCAAGGACCAUUCCUCUCAAAUGGCAGCAUUGGAUUACGUAGUAUCGAUCGAGAGCGAUAUCUUUUUUGCUACAUAUCCAGGAAACAUGGCACAAGUUGUUGAGGGCCAUAGAAGGUUUUUAGGAUUCAAGAAGACAAUUAUUCCAGACAGAAAACUUAUAGUCGCUCUGGUAGACAAAUACAACCAGAGGAAAAUAAACUUCAAUGAGUUCUCCAAGUUGAUGAAGAAAGGUCACGAAGCUCGAAUGGGAAACCCAGUUAGAAGACUGGUGAUCCCCGGAAAACCCAAGGAAGAAGAUUACUUCUGGUCCAAUCCGCAGGAGUGUUUACCACCAAUUGAAGAAGAACCACCACCCACUAUCUCACUCUAA